GGGUAGGGUAGACUGUGAUAGCGACAGAUGUCUUACAGCGUUUGGAGACACUCUCAGGAACAGCCCAGUCCGUGAUUGUACCUCAGGGAGCGCAGAGGAUUUAAAGCAGCUGUCAAUUGCGAACUUUCAUUCUAUUGUUAGUUGCUGCUCGGUCUUACACGGGAAUAAACAAUACCCCAAUCUCCUUCUGUGAAGGUUCAAGUCAGAUAUCCAGGAGUCGGUAUGGGAGGCAAGCUGAGCAAGAAGAAGAAGGGAUAUGACGUCAGCGACCCAAAGGAUAGGAAAGAUGACAUUACAGCGGCGGCAGUCAGUGCCGUUGAGUCCGUCAAGGCUGCCGUGGUGACUGCUGCCCCGGCACCCAUUGCUGAGGUGACUGAGGAGGCGGCUACAGUUGCGGCCACAGCGGUUGAGUCGGCGGUGGUGUCGGCGGUUGCAGCAGUGCAGGAGGCCGCACAAGAAGCUGUGAUGGCUGUACAGGAAGCUGUCACCGGAGGGGAGGAGCCGGCGGAACCUGCACCUGCAGAGAAGGGCACUGCAGAACCUGAGGCCGCCCCAGAGGAACCGGCCCCUGCAGCUGCCCCAGAGGAACCUGCUGCCUCAGAAGAGCCUGCCCCUGCUGCUGCCCCAGAGGAACCGGCUUCCCCAGAGGAACCGGCCCCUGCUGCUGCCCCAGAGGAACCCGCUGCCCCAGAGGAACCGGCCACCGCUGCUGCCCCAGAGGAACCGGCUGCCCCAGAGGAACCGGCUGCCCCAGAGGAACCGGCCCCCGCUAAUGCCCCAGAGGAACCCGCUGCCCCAGAAGAACCUUCCCCUGCUGAUGCCCCAGAAGAACCAGCCCCUGCUGCUGCCCCAGAGGAACCUGCCCCUGCAGUGGCUGAGCCAGAGCCUACUGCAUCAGAGGUCCCUGAGGAGCCAGAAGCUCCUUCUCCAGAACCUGCUGCCCCAGAGCCCACACCAGAGACUGUUACUGAGCCUGAGCCUGAGCCUGAAUCCCCACAGUCCCCAGCAGAGCCAGAACUAGAGACUGUUACUGAGCCUGAGGUCACACUGGCUGUUUCUUCACCUGCGCCCGAGCCUGUGGCUGAAGAAGAGGUGGCCCCAGCGGUAGAGGCUGCACCAGAAGAACCUGAACCAGAACCUGCAGCUGAGCCUGAGCCUGUUACUGCAUCUUCUGAGGCCCCAGCAGCAGCAGAGGUCCCAGCUGAGAGGCUUGCCCCAGAGGCCCCCAGCGAGGCAGAAUCCAUCCCAGAGAUAGUCAUCUCUGAAUCAGCCUCUUCCAACGAGAUCUCUACUGAGGUCCCAGCACCUGAGGUCCCAGCACCUGAGGUCCCAGCACCUGAGGCCCCUGCACCAGAGCCUGUAGCUAUAGUUGAGGUCCAGGCUGAGGCCCCUACACCAGAGCCUGUAGCUACAGUUGAGGUCCAGGCUGAGGCCCCAACACCAGAGCCUGUAGCUACGGUAGAGGUCCAAGCUGAGGCUCCAGCACCAGAGCCUGUAGCUACAGUUGAGGUCAAAGCUGAGGCCCCAGCACCAGAGCCUGUACCUAUAGUUGAGGUCCAGGCUGAGGCCCCAACACCAGAGCCUGUAGCUACGGUAGAGGUCCAAGCUGAGGCUCCAGCACCAGAGCCUGUAGCUACAGUUGAGGUCAAAGCUGAGGCCCCAGCACCAGAGCCUGUACCUAUAGUUGAGGUCCAGGCUGAGGCCCCAACACCAGAGCCUGUAGCUACGGUAGAGGUCCAAGCUGAGGCUCCAGCACCAGAGCCUGUAGCUAUGGUUGAGGUCCAGGCUGAGGCUCCAGAACCUGUGACCCAAUUACCAGAGCCUGUAGCUGAGGUAAUGGAGGCCAAGUUGGAGAACGGGGAGGUGGAAAGUGUGAAUGGAGAGGCAGAGUCUGCAAAAGGGGGCUUGGCUCAGGCAGAGGAGGUGGUCUUCCAGAGUGACUGUGAACUGAAAAAGGAGCUGUCCCUGUCAGGAGGGGCCCCUGAGGGCCCGGAAGGCAUUUUGGAGUCCCUCAGCACUUCAGCCAGCCAGGCAGUGGACCUAGUCUGAGGACAAGCCACAGGACUAUCCCUCCUCAUCUCUACAGGCGCUGAAGAUCUGACACUGCAACGUCCGCUCUGAGGACUCAGGCUAUGGAAGCAUUCUGGUUAACCAAAAAUGUACACAACACAAACCACUCGAGGAGAAAGAAUGUGUGAGACAGAUAGAGAGAGAGAGAGAGAGAGAGAGAGAGAGAGAGAGAGAGAGAGAGAGAGAGAGAGAGAGAGAGAGAGAGAGAGAGAGAGAGAGAGAGAGAGAGAGAGAGAGAGAGAGAAAGAAAGUAAGAUAGAGAGUGCAAUAUUUAGAGGGAAGAUGGGAUUAAUGUGACUCCCACCCUGUUUCUGAGGGGCAGCCUGUAGGAUACAAGUUGGAUUAAUGAAGAGAUAGAUGAGAUGUAAGAGUGGAGACAAAAGCCUCUGGACAGCAGAAUGAAACAGCCUGGACUUUAACUAUGGUAAUUAUGAAAAGAAAAAAAUAAAAGUCUUGUCUGGGUCUGAGCCUGAUGAUAAUUAAUGGUUUAUUGGAAUAGCAUUCCAUAGUAUAUAAUCUAAUUUAGAAUUGAUCAUAUCCUGUCCAUAACUAUAUGAAAAGUCCUAGAUGAAAUGUUUUGGCCUUUUAUAUACUUUGCAAACUGUGAGGAAUGUUUAUCUGAUGGUUGCCGAGAAUAAAGACGGUUCUACUCUACAUGAA